UCUUUAAACCUCACCGAAGAAGAAGAAGGAGAAGAAGGAGAAUGCACCUGUUCUUUUGUGAUUACUGCCCUGCCCACUAUUUGACUGGAAGGAGAGCUAUUGCACACAUUUGUUUGUGAGGUUUCUUUGAUUGUUUUUUUUCCAAAUCUUGGGGGACAAUUGUUGCUGCAACAUGGUUUGGUUUCUGAUUCUCAUCUGGGUUGUCCAAGUGGGCAGUGUUCCGAUCACCAAUUUCACAAAUGCUACUACUUCAAAUGCUACUAUCCCUGCCACAGUGGACAAUUCUAAAAACCCCAUCAACAAUUCUACAAAUGUGACUUUCUCUGCCACAGGUUCUACUGCCUCAAUGGGGACACGCCACAGACAAAAUGAUUGGGUUAAAACGCCUGAAACUAGAGAAGAGGACUUACAGUUUGACCUUGCCGUCACGGAGGGAGACAUUCUGGUUUCGGAAGACCGCUUAGCUGUGAAGUCACUUUGGCCUGAGAAUGAAGGCGUCACUUCUAUCCCCUACAAGAUCAACGAUUAUCUGGUGGACAGAAAGGAAACUAUACUAGCAGCGUUCAAGAUGAUUUCAGACCGAACGUGUAUCCUCUUCCACGAAUACACCAAUGAGAUGAACUACAUCGAGUUCAUCUCUGGGACAGGCUGUGCGUCGUAUGUAGGUUUUCAGGGCGGGGCCCAGUCUCUGUACUUCGGUAGAGUCUGUAGCGUGGGGAACCUGUGUCAUGAGCUGAUGCAUGCACUGGGCCUGCACCACGAGCACACACGGCCAGACCGUGACCAAUACGUCACCAUACAGUGGGACAAUGUGGUCCCAGGAAAAGAAGGUAACUUUAAGGUGAAGAAAGGAGACACUCAGGACCUGCCCUAUGACUACGACUCCAUAAUGCACUACGGAACAUACUACUUCUCAUCAAACCGGAACCCCACUAUCGGCUCCAAGAAGAGUGGAGUCCAGAUUGGACAGAGAAAUCACCUGAGCCCCCUGGACAUAACACGCCUUAACAAACUCUAUCAAUGUGAAUAACAAUGCACAGUUUAGCAUUUAUUACACCAUCGAAGAUUUCAACACCGCUGCUGUCGACUGAAGAUUCCAACACAAAUGGCACUGACAUUUUAACUUCUCAACAAUGAAUAAGUUGAACUAGUCCCUUAAAGCUUUCUGAUGUAUUAUACGUGUGUUCAGCAGCAGGCAGUAGUUUAAUUUGUCCUGUGUGCUCUUGCUGCCUUGAAUUAGGCCUAUUCCACUGCACUUGUCUUGGAAAUAAAUAAAAUGACCUAGACUGAAAAGAA